ACUUCAAAAAUUAGGGUUUCAAAAUUUUCCCAAAUAAAAGGGCCAAGCUUCUGUCUCAUUUGUCUCUCCUCCAUCCAAAAACCCAGUACAGCCGCAGAUUCUUGUUGGUCUCUGAGAUGGCAAAGUCAAAGAACCAUACCGCUCACAACCAAUCUUACAAGGCUCACAAGAAUGGAAUCAAGAAGCCCAAGAGGCACCGCCACACUUCCACUAAAGGGAUGGAUCCAAAGUUCUUGAGGAACCAGAGGUAUGCGAGGAAGCACAACCAGAAGAGUGGAGAAUCUGCCACUGAAGAAGAGUAAAUUUAAUGGGGGAAAAUCUAGCCUUGAUUAGGGUUUUCAACUGGGCCUGUUUUAUUUUUUUAAAUGGAAUUUAGCGUUUAUUUACUGUCUACUCAGCUUUAGUUGUACUUUUUUUGGUAUUGUUAAGUAUCUUUCUGUGAGCUUAUUAAUAUCAAGAACACAUUUUGAGUUUAUCUGUUUUUCCCUUUUUUUUAAUUAGAUUUUACAUGGAAAUGUUGGAUGUUUAAGCUGUUGAUGAUGCAAGGUUGACAUUGAGUGGAUUUUAUGA